UCUAUCUACUAUGUAAACAACCAUGAAUCCAGCAACAGCGUCAUCCAUGUUGGCUUUAGUCUUCUCCUUGGUUAUUGUUGCAGGUGCUGAACCAUUGGAGAAAUCCUCAUUCGAUUUAUCAUUGAUAGAAGAGUUAAAAGAAGUGCUAGUGCCAGUUGUGGAAACAAAAAUAAAGUUCAGAGAUAUUGACGAUGCCUUUGGGCGACGACCACUAGGUGUUGCCCCAAAGUGUAUAUUCUGCCGGUGUUGUAAGAAAUCUGAUCCAAAUAGAUGCUUUGCGAGGAAGUGUUGUGCCCAUCUCAAAUGCAAUCUUAUCUUUUGUAAAUGGGUGCCCACUGCUUGCAAUUGUGACGAUUGCAAGACAUAGAUAUGAUUAUAUUUUACUUUAGAAGUAUUUAGAAAGAAUCUAAUAAAAAAUUUAAAACAUUCAUAGUAGAAAAAAUGAGUAUGUAAUGGAGAACCUAUCAAUUUAAAGUUAUUAGUUGUUA